AUGACGGGAGAAGCUCUUCCGGGUCGACCAGGCACACUGACGCCGGAACAAGAGGAGAAAUUGAGGGAAUUCUGGAUUGCUACACUUCAAGUCUUUGGGAUGUUGGAUCCGAAGGAAGUGAAUGGGAAUGGGCUCGCAGAAAUCGGCAAUGGCAGAGCAAGAGCUGAUACCGCUACGUCGAAGAAGCCAGAGAAGGAGAAGAAGAAGAAGAGAAUGUCUCUGUUUAGGUCAAAAAACAAGGACGAUGAUACGGAUUCGGUUACCUCUACAGAAUCAAGCCCACAUUCGGUAGUCGCAGAUUCGGAUGAUAAGUACGGGCAGACGAAAGAAUUCCAUGAAGCCUUGGCGAGUCUGACUCCAGAAACAUUGAGAGCGACCUUCUGGAGCAUGGUGAAGCAUGAUCAUCCGGAUGCAUUGCUUCUAAGAUUCUUGAGAGCAAGAAAAUGGGACGUUGAGAAGGCUUUAGUAAUGAUGGUUUCAACGAUGAGAUGGAGAUCUGCAGAUGUUCAUGUGGACGAUGAUAUAAUGAAAAAUGGCGAGUUAUCCUCAUUAGAGGCUGCUAAUGGGAGCGAUCACUCGAAGAGGAGGUUAGGAGAGGACUUUCUUGCUCAAAUGCGACUUGGGAAGAGUUUCUUGCAUGGUGUGGAUAAGAAUGGGAGACCGAUGUGCUUUGUGAGAGUCAGACUGCAUAAACAAGGAGAGCAGAGUGAGGAGAGUCUCGAAAGAUAUACGGUCUUUGUGAUAGAAUCUGCUCGUAUGGUUUUACAGCCUCCUGUGGACACUGCUUGCGUUGUUUUCGAUAUGACUGGAUUCUCAUUGGCCAAUAUGGAUUACGCCCCUGUGAAAUUCAUGAUAAAAUGCUUUGAAGCCAACUACCCCGAAUCCUUGGGCGUUGUCCUAGUCCACAAAGCACCCUGGGUUUUCCAAGGAAUCUGGAAAAUCAUCAAAGGCUGGCUCGACCCCGUAGUAGCAAGCAAAGUACACUUCACCAACAACGUCGAAGAAAUGGAAGCCUACGUCCCCAAGCCCCAAAUCAUUCACGAGCUAGGCGGGGCCGAAGACUGGACCUACCAAUACAUCGAACCCGUCCCCGGCGAGAACGACACCAUGAAAGACACCGCAACCCGAGACAAGCUCCUCUUAGCACGAGAAGAAAUCGUAAACGAGUACGAGAAAGCAACGUUAGAGUGGAUUCACCGCACCGGGGAUGUAGAAGCUGUGAAGAAGAGCAGAAACGAGAUAGCGUCGAAACUUAAGGUCGAUUAUUGGGGCUUGGAUCCAUAUAUUAGGGCCAGGAGUUAUUAUGACCGCGUGGGCAUGAUUAACCCUGGUGGGAGAGUCCAGUUCUAUCCUCCUAAGGAGGAGAAGGCAACCGUAACUGAAACAGUCCCUGCUGGUGCCGAGGAAAUCUCACCUCCAGUUGCUACGACAAAUGGGACAAAUGUUGAGACUUCGGAAGCGGAUCUUGAUUAG